AUGGCUGCGGUGGACGAAGUGCUGCAGAAGGUGCGGGUCCGUGUGGCCCAACGCCGGCUGCGACUUGACGAUUUCUUCACGGAUUUUGACUCCCUUCGCUCGGGUCGUAUUACGGCCGCCCAGUUCCGCCGCGCCUUGGCUGUCAAUUCCAUUCAACUCACCGAUGCGGAAUUUGAGGCGCUCAAGGACGCCUUCGGCGCGGUCGCGGGCAACCAGGCGACGGGCAGCAGGACUCCGCGCGGAGGGGCUUCGAUGGAGGUGAACUACGCGGCCUUCCUCCACGCUUUGCGCGCGGAGGACCCCCCGGCGGAGCUGCUGACGACGCUGCGGCGCAAGGGAAAACCCCUCUCGGAGGAGGAGGAGCGAACGCUGCGGGCGGCAUUCCGCUCGCUGCGCGACGGUGUGCGGGCGCGUGGGCUGCGACUGCGCACGUUGUUUGAGGACUUUGACCCCUUCCGCAGCGGCAAGGUGGCUGCCUCGCGCUUCCGACGCUGCAUGCCGUUUGAGGGGAUGCGGGAGGACGUCUUGCAGCUUAUGCUAAAGAAGUACAGCGACGACGACGGCGAAGUGCUCUACGCCGCGUGGUGCAGAGACCUCGAGGGGGGGGACGCCCCCCCCAGAGGGGGAGACGCACUCCGCGAGCCCCUCGCCGCAGAUGUCUCCACGCGGGAUGGCCGCGCCGCUUUCCAUUGA